UGGCGUCGCACGGCACCGGCACGGCUUGUCUGACGGUUUUGAUGCUAAUUGCUGCGCUUCUAACUGCGUUUUGUGUAACAGGAUCAAAUGCAACAUGUCUGGUUGUAUGUCUGGCUGUUAUUACUGUGCUGGCUUCGCUGUGGUUGUGGAGGUUGCGGCGGAGGGACGGUGGGACCGAGCGGCGGGUGUGUGUGCUGGUGCUCGGGGACAUCGGUCGCAGUCCUCGGAUGCAGUAUCACGCCUUGUCCCUUAGCAAACACGGAUUUAAUGUCACUUUUGUUGGGUUUUUAGACACUAAACCUCAUCAAGGCGUGCUGAGAGAGGAGAACAUCAGGAUAGUCCCCAUAGCAGAGGUGAAAGGUGUUCGAGUGGGACCAAAACUCCUCACAUAUGUGACGAAGGUGAUCAUUCAGUGUCUACAGCUGCUCUCUGUGCUGCUGAGGGUGGAGCCACAGUCUCAUCUUCUAAUGCAGAAUCCCCCUGGUCUGCCCAGUAUCGCAGUAGCCUGGUUCGUGUGCGUCCUGCGGGGCAGCAGAUUCGUCAUCGACUGGCACAACUACGGCUACACCAUCAUGGCCCUGAGUCACGGCCAGAGACACCCGGUGGUCCGACUGGCUAAGUGGUAUGAGCACUUCUUCGGCCCCCUGGCGACUCACAACCUGUGUGUCACCAACGCGAUGAAGGACGACUUGCAGAAAAACUGGGGCAUCAGGGCGACGACUCUGUACGACAGACCAGCCGCCAUCUUCAGAGAGACUCCACUGAAGCUGCAGCACGAGCUCUUCAUGAGACUGGCCAACACUUAUCCUCAGUUCCAGCACAGAGGUUCUGAGGAAAAGGAGGUAAAGGUGGAGAGGACGAUCUUCACAGUUCGUGACCUCGCUGAUGACUCGGUGACCUUGACGAUGGAGCGACCGGCGCUGCUGCUCAGCAGCACCAGCUGGACAGAGGAUGAAGAUUUCUCCAUCCUCCUGGAGGCUCUUAAAGAGUACGAAGGUUUCAUUAAAGAGGGAGCUUCGUUACCACCUCUAGUCUGUGCGAUCACAGGUAAAGGCCCUCAGAAAGAACACUACAGGAAGCUGAUAGACUCUCUGCAGUUGGAGCAUGUGGAGAUCUGCACUCCGUGGCUGGAGGCAGAAGAUUAUCCUGUGCUAUUAGGUUCAGCAGACCUGGGCGUGUGUCUCCACAAGUCCUCCAGCGGUCUGGACCUGCCCAUGAAGGUGGUGGACAUGUUCGGCUGCUGUCUGCCCGUCUGUGCCAUCCACUUCGACUGUUUACAGGAGCUGGUGAAACACGAGGAGAACGGUCUGAUCUUCCGAGACUCUCGGGAGCUCGCUGAGCAGCUCAAGUCUCUCCUGUCAGAGUUUCCCAGCUCAGAAGGCAGACUGGGAUUGUUCAGGAGGAACCUCCGCACCAGCAGAGGGCAGCGCUGGGACGACAACUGGGACCAGAACGUCCUGCCUCUCAUCACUGCUCCCAGAUAAAAAAAA